UAUUUAGUAUAACAUUGACUGUUGCUUAGCCGGCCGUGUUUUUAUAUUUUUAAUUAACUGAUAUUCAAACCUCAAUCAGCUGAUCGCGAUAAAAUAUGUCACAAAGCAGGAAGAAGGACGGCGCACGACAGCGCAGACAGGAUGAAGGGAAGAAAGGCAGAGCUAAGGCCGAUGGCUCUUCCGAUAGUAACAGCAAAAGUCAGUUGAGUAAGAAAGAUAAACAGCAAAAAGACAAAGAGCGCAAUGCACGCGUCAAGUUCGUUCUCUGGCGACGUCCAAUACAGACGCUUCUGUACUGUGCCCUCGAACUGAUGGAAUUGGUGCUCACAUGGAGCACCAGACUAUUGAAGCAACGCCUGCUGAUGUCGACUUUAUUCGUAUUAUGCAUUUUAAUUAGUAUGUUGUAUAAACGAGAUGGUCCACAUCAAGUUUACAUUGAGCUGGUGCAUAAGAACACUUGGUUCCAUGUCUACUGGAUUGGUCUGGGAGUGCUCUCCUCAGUUGGCCUGGGCACUGGACUGCAUACCUUUCUGCUUUACUUGGGACCACAUAUAGCCAGCGUAACUCUGGCUGCCUAUGGGUGCAACACAUUGGACUUUCCCAGUCCGCCAUAUCCAGAUGAAAUUGUUUGUCCAGCGGAGCCUUAUACGGAACAAAUACCCAACAUUUGGUCCAUUAUGUCCAAGGUGCGCUUGGAGGCCUUUCUCUGGGGAUUCGGCACAGCUUUGGGUGAAUUGCCGCCCUACUUUAUGGCCAAAGCAGCACGUCUAUCCGGCUACGAUUCAGAUGACUCCGAGGGGCUGGCGGAAUUUGAGGCGCUCAAUGCCAAGCGCAAUAAGAAGAAUCUGAGCUUCAUAGACAAGGCCAAGUUGCGCAUGGAGCGCAUUGUAGAGCGUAUUGGUUUCUUCGGCAUUUUAGCCUGUGCCAGCAUACCUAAUCCGUUGUUCGACUUGGCCGGCAUAACCUGCGGGCAUUUUAUGGUGCCCUUCUGGACAUUCUUUGGUGCCACAUUUAUAGGCAAGGCUAUUGUCAAAAUGCACAUUCAACAACUGAUUGUAAUUAUUGGCUUCAACGAACCGUUGAUUGAAAGUGCUGUGGAUAAGCUGCGUUUGCUGCCAUACUUGGGUCCCAAGCUGCAGCAGCCGUUCAAGAGAUUGUUGCAGGACCAAAAAACACGUCUGCAUCGCAAGAAGGGCUCCAACAUUCCACGCACUGGCUCAGGCAAUCUUCUGUCCACCAUCUUUGACACCUUUGUCAUGCUCAUGAUUUGCUAUUUCGUAGUCUCGCUGGUUAACUCUCUGGCGCAGGGCCACCAUAAGCGCAUGUGUAAGAAGAAUCGCGCAGCCACUAAGUCUUGGGCAGCACAGGAAAAGUCGCCCAAUGAGCCGGUUAGAAAGCAGUUCAAGCCAAGGGCCAUGCGCGAGUAGAUCUGCAUUGCUUCUAGCCACUGAAUACAAAAGUUUUCGCAUUUGCAAUGAAGAGAAAAAUGCAUGAGAGGAACCUUAACGAUAAGCAAAUGUGUGUUGAUUGAGAAUAAAACAUAGACAACAUAGAU